AUGAUCACUGUGCACGCGGUAACUGCAACUGAAAACCACGACCCUACGAGUACUAGUACGCCUCUAGGCUGGAUUCGAUCCUCAGCCCCUUCUACCGCCACCUCGAUCUAUCAUUUAUUCAAGGAGUUUGUUCCAAACAGCUCUGGCGAACAGCCUCCUUGCGAUGGAUGUGGUUCCGGAGGGAGGAUGGAAGUGAGAGGAAAGCCAGUCGUUCAAGCGUUCAGCACAUACGUCGUAGACCAAUGCAUAAUUGACCAAUUUCGCGCUAAAAUGGCUAGUCUCAGAUACCGCGAGUUUGAGAUCCUUCAACGCCACGUAUUUUGCGAGGAAAAGGGUUUUUCGUCCAGUGAUUUUGGGUACAAGAAAUCAACUUGGCCACCUAGACCAAAGUACGCUUUUACUUACUAUCCUCUCGAACCUGCUGCCGAACCUAAGCCUUUGGCAUCUGUCAUUGUCCUGCCCACGGGCUCCGUGUGUUGGAACGAUUUCCAACGCUUUUUGCGCAAGGAGAGCGAUAAAUGGUUUACAUGUCGAAAAAACCUGCCAUUGCUCGAACGUCUCGAUGAUUCCUGGCAUUCGGCAGAGUCAUACAUCGUGUUGACCGACGAGUUCAAUGUAGAGAUCAUUCACAAUUUCUCUCACAUAGCCGAUUCUCUCAGUAUCUGUGGUUGGUCUGCUCCCCUCAGCGACAACUUGACCCUCAACUGUGCGAUCGGGGCCGCAUUAGACAACGCCACCCCAUGGAGGUAUCGCUACGGUGCCAUGUCACCCACCUACCGUGUGCAAGGUGCUCUCAAUUGCACAGACCCUUCACUGCCGACCUCACCGAUCGCCGUGAACGAAUGCCCAACAUGUUUCCUCGAUUUUGACCUUUUCACCAUGCAACGCCAUCCACCAGACUUCGACUCCUUCCUUGAUUGGAAAGAAUCAAUAGAGGAAGAGGUGCUCUCGCAACCACUGAACGUAGGUGAUGAACUUACCAUCUGCCCGGAUGGUUUCAUCAAAAGGUCAUCCUUGCUGCCUUGCUUUCUGCCCCUCGAAAAACCGUCUUCUUCGACCCUAGAAGCGAUCAUGAAGCGUCCUCGAUCUCGGCACGUGGACGUUGAUCACAUCCUGACGUAG